AGCAGCUUUUUCAAAUCCUACAACACAUACAGCAGCCUGUGUUAGUUUUUAUUUGUCCCCUUUCCCUUCAUUUUCAACGCGGAACUAAACCCAAGAGUCAAACAUGUCUGUUUCAGGCGGCACCUACAAACCUGUGAGCCAUGUCAUUUUCGACAUGGAUGGAUUAUUAUUAGACACAGAGCGACUUUACACCGUGUCCUUCCAGGAAAUAUGUGACCGAUUUGGAAAGCAGUACACAUGGGACGUGAAGGCCUCAGUGAUGGGGAAAAGUGCUCUGGCUGCCUCCCAGAUUAUUCGGGACACUCUGGAACUUCCAAUGACAGCAGAGGAACUUCUGGCUGAAAGCAGACAAAUACAAGAGAGGCUGUUUCCCACUGCCAAACUCAUGCCAGGUGUGGAGACACUCAUACGCCAUCUGAAGGAGCACCGUAUCCCCAUUGCAGUUGCAACUAGCUCAGCUGGUGUGACGUUCCAGUUGAAGACAAGCCAACACAAAGACUUUUUCAGUCUGUUUGACCACAUUGUUCUGGGUGAUGAUCCUGAGGUCAAGAAUAGCAAACCUCAACCCGACUCCUUCCUGGUCUGUGCCAGCAGAUUCAACCCUCCGGCUUCACCAGAGAAGUGCUUGGUGUUUGAAGACGCUCCCAACGGAGUGAAGGCAGGACUGGCUGCAGGGAUGCAGGUGGUGAUGAUUCCUGACGACAACCUGGACCCCAGCCUCACCCAGGAGGCCAUGCUGCGACUCAGGAGCAUGGAGGAGUUUCGACCAGAGCUAUUCGGCCUGCCAGCGUACGACUGAGCCAGAAACCAAAUCGAAAACCACACUGUAUGAUUCAGUCAGUCUUACUUGAAUCUCGUUCUUAGAAGGAAACAGUGGUGAUUGAGUUGAAAAAUAAGACGAUUGUCAUCCUGAAAGUCAUAACUGAAGGUUAAGGUUAGUAAGGGUAAGUCCAUCCAUCCAAUACCUAUACCACUUGUCCUUUAGGGGCUAUAGGGAGCUGGAGCCAAUCCCAAGUUGCCAACCAUUGCACCAUACUGUGCUGCCCAGCAAGGCUAAGUAAGAUAGUCAAUAGUGAGAUCUGUACAACAUCCAGAGAAACACGGAUACUGUGCCUAUGGACGAUAAAUUGUAAUUGAACUUUUCAAAUGUAAUACUUAAUACUGCAUGUAGCACAUAUAAUUGUAUUCAUUGUCAUUGUACUGGCUGGAGGAGAAGUCAGAGAUCUUGACGAAUGGGACACCAAACUGAAAUAUGUCCUCUGUAUGUUCAGCAAGUGCAGUUGCUGCUGUCCCUUGCAUUUUGCCACAAAAAUCAAACCUCAGAUCAUGUACUGUAUCUGCUCUGUCUUCAAAAGGCUCCACUCUUAUUGGCUAUCCUGUGCUGUCAAUUACAAAUGUGCGUUUCCAAGUGAAGCGAGAGUCAAUGGCUGGACACCAUCCAACUUUCAUUACACUGUGGUGCUUAAAAUGAUGAUUAACGCAGAGAUCUUGUAUUUUUCAGUGCUUUGCUUUUUUUUUUUUUUUUUUUUUCUUAUUGAUUCAGUCACAAAACACACCAGGACAUUAAAAGAGUUGAUUUGAUUUGAAGGUUUUUUAUGUCGUGGUUAUGUUAGCAUUUGAGUGAUUCAGGAUGUGUGCUUCAGACCCUCAAAUGCAUUUAUUAAGACAUUUCUCUCUCCGACUGUGCCAACAGCCUGCGGCUAGUGCAUGUCAUGUGUUGCAAAUAGAUACACACUGCCCAGUGAGGUCAGUGACGGAUAAAAUAAAGCGAAAUAUAGCUUCAGGUCUUGGAAAGGGUUCAGGUCUCAAAUGUUAUGGGACCAGUCAGGUUCAGUCUGGUUCAGAGCUUACAGAUUUGGGGCCAUAUCUUGGGAACAGAACAAAUCAAUGUUUUGUCCUUGAAUAAUGCUGCAUGUCAUAGCACAGUAAGUGUUUUUGGCUGGUCAUUUGGACGUCAAUCCAAGCACACUUACUGGUCAAAGCAGGCAGCUCUCGAACACACUCGGUGGAUCAGUUUUGAAUUGCCAAAGACACUCCUCUUCUCCUCAGUGUAAUCCAGUAAAGAGGCUGCAAGUUGUCUUUACUCUUUCAUCUCUGCUCAUGUCUGCCUCUUGCACUUACUACAGUUCACAUGUACCUCGUCCUCUUGCCGAGGCUUUGACAGAGGGCCUGCUGGAGGAGCCUGGUGCCGCGGCUCCCUCAGGCUGCAGAAAUGGGAUUUUACUGCACUCACAUCCAGCUUCCCCUCCAUGCCUUCCUGGCCCUUCAUCCUCAAAGAUGAGGGGGGGUUUUCCCGCUCACACACUCAUCUGUCUGUAGUUUUACAUAUCAUUCACCCUCUCCUGGCCUGAGGUAUGGUUCAUUUCUUUCUUUUAUCUCUCUCUCCUUCUCCGAUGUGUGUGUGUGUGUGUGUGUGUGUGUGUGUGUGUUUGCCUCACAGUUUUACCACACUGAUUAAAAUGUUAAAAGGAAUGUCGGUAUUUUAAUUUAGAUUGAAAUUGAAUGCUGAAUGAAAAUAACACCAGAUCAGACAUCAAAAUGACCUCACCCACAUGAUUUCAGAUUUAAUCAGGUUCUAGUUUAUUUUCAGACAUAUUGCACAUUUUUUAAGGCCUUGAGAUGUUCGGAGAAUGUAACUCAGGAAUGUACAGCAGAUGUGCUGCUUUAUUUUAAUUUCUUUGAGAGAUUAAUAGAAGUCAUAUAGCUUUAGUAAACUUGUCACGUACAGUUCCCUGGCUGUACAAUCAGAUCAGGACCAGUUCUAAACAAUCACUGCAGGAUUUUACUGUGGUGCUGCUGAAAGACACACAUCAAAUAGAAGACGAGGCCUCUUCCUGUUUAUGGCUUCAUAUCAAAGACUCACAUUUUAGCAGAAAAGGGCAACAUAAAAGAAAAAUGACCUGAAAUCAUUCAUUCAGUAAUAGACAGUAGUCAGUGUCACAAAGUGCGGUAGAUUAAAGGUGAGAUGAGAGCUGUGGCAAAAUGUUACUGUCCACACCCCACUGCAGCUCGACAAAUAAUUCCUUGGUAUUUGUCUAAGCCAAACUGCUUUUUAAGAACUGAAUUUUAGGGAUGACAUGAUCAUUACAUAUAAUGUGUGUGUGUAUAUAUAUAUACACAUAUAACUAAAACACUGCAAAUCUGGCAACAAGGGCGCUAGAAAAAAACAAUAAUAUGCAGUAGAAUAUUGUGACGCUAAAAUAACAAUUACUGAGUGAGUUGAGUCAGCCAGAACAGCAACUGAACAGCAGCAGCAACUAACAUCUUUACAGUCCAUAUUAGAUAAGCUCAAUUAUUCUUGAAUUAAAUGUCUGUUUCCAGACACUGUAAAAGACUUGAAGCGACUUUAAUGUGUGCUCCUCUGCCAUAGAACAUAUUUACUAAGGCCUGUGUCUCUCCUCUGAUUGAUUGAGUGUUGGAAAGUACAUGUUGUCUACAGCAGUGUCACUAAUGCCUUUCUGCAUGUAGUUUUCUUUGAAAUUGAAAUCCAGUCUGUGAAGAGUGUUGUCGAAGGCUGGCAUCUUUCCUCUCAUUUGUGCAUGCGCUGACCCAUUUCAAGAUAAUGGUUUCCAGCUGAGGGCAAAAAUCUUUUUUUUUUUUUUUUUUUUUUCCAGACUAGCUUUUUGUCAGACUUGAAACAGCUACCUUUAGGUCUUUUGAAGAGGUGACUGUACAGUGGGUCAAACAUCCAAAUGCCCUCACAUGUCUAUAACAUACCUGUUAUAAAAUCCGCAAGAGCACUUGAGGCUAUGCCCUAUAUACUUCUUUCCUACAAAUAAAAAAAUAAAAACAUUUGUGUUCUUUCCCA